GCGCUCUGGGAGCGGACUCGUUUGUGAUUUAGUGUUAUUACUCAGUUAUAAUGGCCACAAUUAGAGAAAAAGAAGUGUACUUAAACCUCAUAGAAACGCUUAAAGAGAUGCCCUACAUAUGGAACAAUUCCACUGAUAAAUACUACAACAAACACUUGAGGAAUGAAGGGUACAGGGUAUUGCUAGAUAUAUACAAAACAAUACAGCCUAAGGCUACUACAAAAAUGCUAAAAAAGAAGUUGGAACAUAUGAGGACCAGUUACUUUAACGAGUUGAGAAAGGUUCAAAAAGCAAAACAAACUGACAAGAUCUACGAACCAACUCUAUGGUUCUAUCACGCGUACCAUUUUAUGCGGCGUGAGGCGGUGGAAGACGAUUGUACAAUGAUCAAGGACAGAGAAGCACUUAUGGAGGACGACUGUAUGAUACUCAGGGAUAGUAAUAACAGAGAAGCACUUAUGGAGGACGACUGUACAAUACUCAGGGAUAGUGAAGAGGCAUCGUCAGUCGAAGAAGUAAAUAUUAACGAAAGAGAAUAUGCUGAUAACAAUAAUUAUAUGCCACACAAGAAGAAAUGUAAGCAUAUUAAAGAAAAAACACCUGAGAAACAAAUAAACGACCAAGUAAUAGUAGAAAAAGCUGAUAAAUCAGUUCAGUAUGACCAAACCAAGGACGACGAUUGGGACAUUAUAGGAAAAUCAAUAAGCGUUCAACUCCAAAAGUUGAAUAACCGUCAAGUUAUUAUAGCACAGAAGUUAAUAUCCGAUGUUAUUUAUUUUGGAAGGUUAGAUAGGUUGACUGAGGAAUCUUUGGUGCUGCCACAACCCGUCAACGAAUUCCUGUAAGGUCCAGUACAGGUCCUUGAAUCAAUAUUAAAAUAUUCCACAUUACUAGGGGAGAUCUAGAGAGGAGAGUUGUGACAUUCGAUUUUUUGGAACUUAUC